CGCGGGGGCCGGCACGUCGUCCCCCACCCCCCGCCAUGAACGCCAGUGGCCCGGGCUUCCCGCUGGCCUCGCUCUACGUGGGUGACCUGCACCCCGACGUGACGGAGGCUAUGCUGUACGAGAAGUUCUCGCUUGCCGGGCCCAUCCUGUCCAUCCGCGUGUGCCGCGACGUGGUCACCCGCCGCUCGCUGGGCUACGCCUACAUCAACUUCCAGCAGCCGGCCGACGCGGAGCUGGCACUGGAUACAAUGAACUUUGAGGUUAUCAAAGGCCAACCCAUUCGCAUCAUGUGGUCCCAGCGAGACCCAGGACUUCGAAAGUCGGGUGUGGGCAACAUCUUCAUCAAGAACCUGGAGGAGUCCAUUGACAACAAGGCCUUAUAUGAUACCUUCUCCACCUUUGGAAACAUCCUGUCUUGCAAGGUGGCGUGUGAUGACCACGGCUCCCGAGGCUUUGGCUUUGUCCAUUUUGAGACCCGUGAGGCUGCGCAGCAGGCCAUCAGCACCAUGAAUGGGAUGCUGCUGAAUAACCGCAAAGUCUUCGUCAGCCACUUCAAGUCCCGACAGGAGCGGGAGGCUGAGCUGGGGGUUCGGGCCAUGGAGUUCACCAACGUCUAUGUGAAGAACCUGCAAAUGGACAUAGACGAGCAGGGCCUGGAGGAGCUCUUCUCCCAGUUUGGGAAGACGCUGAGUGUGAAGGUGAUGAGGGAUGACAGCGGCCACUCCCGAGGCUUUGGCUUUGUCAACUUUGAGAAGCAUGAGGAAGCCCAGAAGGCUGUGAUGGACAUGAACGGGAAGGAGGUGAGAGGACAGCUCCUCUAUGUGGGCCGUGCCCAGAAGUGGGCGGAGCGGCAGAAUGAGCUUAAGCGAAAGUUCCAGCAGAUGAAGCAGAUGAAGCAGGACCGGCUGAACCAUUACCAGGGCGUGAACCUGUAUGUGAAGAACCUGGAUGACUCCAUUGAUAAUGAGAGGCUGAGGAAAGAGUUCUCUCCCUACGGAGUGAUCACCAGUGCCAAGGUGAUGACAGAGGGUGGCCACAGCAAAGGGUUUGGCUUUGUGUGUUUUUCCUCUCCAGAAGAGGCAACCAAGGCCGUGACAGAGAUGAACGGGUGCAUCCUGGGUACCAAGCCGCUGUACGUGGCGCUGGCUCAGCGCAAAGAUGAGCGGAAGGCUAUUUUGACCAACCAGUUCAUGCAGCAGCGCCUCUCCAACGUGUGGGCCCUGGGUGGCCCCCUCUUCGGCUCUUUCCAGCAGCCCGUGAGCUACUUCCUGCCCACCGUGCCCCAGCCUCCAGCCCAGGCUGCGUGCUAUGGCUCUGGCCCACCUGUCCAGCCUGCCCCCAGGUGGACGGCCCAGCCACCUAGACCCUUGAUACCACAAGCCACCUACUCUCCAGCUGCCUCAGUGGACUGGUCACCAGCCACGUCUCAGCACUCCCCGACCCACAUCAGCAGUGUCAAGAAGGCCUCUACCCAGGAGCCACCCCAGAUGUCCUACACCCAAACAGUGGCCAACAUUGGUACCCAGACCUCUGGCCUUGGUGAGGCAGGAUGCUCUAUGCCAAGUGGGCCUCUCCUGACACAGAGAUAUUCCUUGGAGACACCCAACACCCAUGAGGUCCAGGAGCCUGCUGUGUGCAUCCCCGGACAGGAACCCCUGACCGUGUCCAUGCUGGCCGCAGCACCACUGCACAAGCAAAAGCAGAUGAUAGGUGAGCGUCUCUACCCCCUUAUCUACAAUGUCCACACCCAGCUGGCGGGCAAGAUCACAGGCAUGCUGCUGGAGAUCGACAACUCAGAACUGCUGUUCAUGCUGGAGUCUCCAGAGUCCCUCAAUGCCAAGGUGGAAGAGGCUUUGGCAGUGCUUCAUCAGGCUCACCAGACCAUGGAGGAAGAGCAGAUGAAAGUGAAUGUAACUGAAACCAGACCUCAAGAAGAGAAAGUCAGUCAGUCAUGACUGGAUGUCACCACUAAACCUGCCUCAAAUCAGAUAAAAUGGGACCACGACCUAAGCUGAAGAAUUGUUGUGAGGAGAAAAUGAGUCUCUGGAGGUCCAUGCAGGGGUUGGCCAGCGGUAGGGGCCAGGUACCUGAGUGGUGAUAUCCACUUGGGUAUCAACUGUGCUAAGAGAACUGAAGUGAGCCAAAGAGAACUCAAGGUGAUGCACACAGGGCAUAUGCAUGAGGCGGGGCAUUGAAAUGAUGUCCAGGAUGUGGUAUAAUUUCAGUCACAAUGGAUGGAAAAUUCAAUUUUGUAUAGUUAUCAGUCCUCUAAGUUAAGUCGAUAAAUUAAAUGUAAUCCCAAACAAAAACACAAGAUACUCUUGGGAAUUUGUCAAAAUGAUCCUAUGGUUUAGCUAGAAGAACAAAUCUGGGAAAAUAGCCAGGGCUGCUCGGAUUGAGAAGGAUGAGGAAAAGACCAGCCUACAAGAUAUUACAAAGCAACAGUAAUUAAAACUGUGACACAGACACAUGUGCAUGAAAAUGGGUUGCUAGAGGUCUCCAGCAACAUGAGGUGAGCAAGGCCAGAGAAAGAGGAGCUAGGAGAUGCUGCAGCCCUCUUUUUCAAGUUAGCCUGGUGGACUGAGACACCCCUGUUCCAAUCAGCCAGAAAAACCACAGGUCCAAAAUUUAAGCUUUCAGUUUGAAAGUUCUCUUUUCAAUUCAUUAGGCAGUAAAUCCUGACCUGAACCUACAUGAGGCUAGUCUUUCUUUGUUAAUCCUCACCCGAGGAUAUUUUUUCCAUUGAUCUUUUAGAGAGAGUGG